AUGAUCCCGCACUUCAACGGCGAAGCCGUUGAUAUGCGCACCCAAGCAGCGUUGAAGCGUCGAAAGCUAGACCUGGAUACGUUGAACGUGGUCCACCUGUCGCUCAAGAUGCUACUUGCGCCUCAGCCUCAGCAGCGGCCAAAGGGAGGCUUUGUGAACGAGAAGGUGUCGGGCGCGAAGCUGCUCAGCUACACGGAGAUGUUGGGAGAACAGCAAGCCAAAGACGAAGCAAAG